GGCGCUGAGCGGAGGCGCGGCGGGAGGGCGGCGGGGGCAGCAUGAAGUCCCUGCUAUUCAGCCGCUUCCUCCUGCUGCUGCCCUGGGUGCUCAUCGUCAUCAUCGUGCUGGACAUCGAUAGUAGCCGGGCGCCGCUGCCCGCGCUGUACCCCCGCGGCGGGGGUGAGGGCGGGAGCGGCGGGGAGCGGCCUCCCGCCCCGCGGCGGCGGCCCGAGGCGGUGCUGCCCACCAUCUAUGCCAUCACGCCCACCUACAGCCGCCCGGUGCAGAAGGCCGAGCUCACCCGCCUGGCCAACACCUUCCGGCAGGUGUCGCGGCUCCACUGGAUCCUGGUGGAGGACGCGGCGGCGCGCAGCGAGCUGGUGACCCGGUUCGUGGCGGGCGCGGGGCUGCCCUGCACGCACCUGCACGUCCCCACGCCGCGCCGCUACAAGCGCCCGGGGCUGCCCCGCGCCACCGAGCAGCGCAACGCCGGCCUGGCCUGGCUGCGGCAGCGGCACCAGCACCUGCCGCCCCCGCAGCCCGGGGUGCUCUUCUUCGCCGACGACGACAACACCUACAGCCUGGAGCUGUUCCAGGAGAUGCGCACAACACGCAAGGUGUCCGUGUGGCCCGUGGGACUGGUCGGGGGACGGCGGUACGAGCGCCCAGUCGUGGAGAACGGCAAAGUUGUUGGCUGGUACACGGGCUGGAGAGCGGACAGGCCCUUUGCUAUUGACAUGGCAGGAUUUGCUGUGAGUCUUCAAGUGAUCCUGUCGCAUCCCAAAGCCGUGUUCAAGCGUCGUGGUUCUCAACCAGGAAUGCAAGAAUCUGAUUUUCUGAAACAGAUAACAACAGUGGAGGAACUGGAGCCAAAAGCAAACAACUGCACAAAGGUUCUGGUAUGGCACACGAGAACAGAGAAGGUGAAUCUAGCUAACGAGCCAAAGUACCACCUGGAUACAGUCAAUAUUGAGGUAUGAUGUGGGGAGACAGUCACACAGCAAGUGCAGGACAAUGGACGCGUCAGGACGUGUUUGAAUUCAGCCAGUUAAAAUCAUCUGGUUCUGUGUGAGACCUGAUGGACUUCUGUGGAAACAAAAGGAAGUUGUCAGAGACUCUAGUAGGCAAAUCAAGUGGGUGUGCUUGUUCUAACUUGUCUGCAUGCAUUUCUGAACUCUCGGCUUAAUAAACUGACACUUACCUUUGUUUUAACGCUGUUUCCACAUAGAGAAAUGUGGUGUAAUGGUAUUUUUUCAAAAUCAUUAUUUAUGUAUAUACUUUUUGUAUUUAUCCAGCUUAAUGGUGUAAUUAUAAACUGAUUUUAACUCACAAACUGUUGAUCUAAAUAUCUGCAUAAAUGGAUCCUCCAAACUGAACAUGUUUUACUUCAUUAGAAGUAGCGGCCAAAUAGGUUGUACAAUAACAAAAUAAAAACCCAGAGUCACUUA